AUGAAGAAAAACAGCUGGCGAGGAAGAGACAGUCAUGCACGGAGCAAUAGGAGGCAAAUUUACAAUCCCAGGCCAUACCGGAUACGCAAUCACUGGAGCCAUAUGGAAAGGCAUGAACAAGAAGAAUCGCAAAACUCACAGAAUUCCAGUACAAGCCAAACUGAAUAUCCAUCUACAUCUUCUGGCAUGUGCCAGAACAGUCCAGUGCCUGAAUUACCAGGAUUUUACUAUGAUCCUGAAAAGAACCGUUACUUCCGCUUGCUUCCUGGGCAUAACAACUGCAAUCCCCUCACCAAAGAAAGCAUUCAGCGUAGGGAGACAGAAUGUCAAAGACUGAAACUCUUAGAAGAGGAAGAGAAACACAUGAAGAAAACAUCCAGAUCUGGGCUGAACUCAUCAAUCAUCUUGCGUAAGAGGCAGUUAGGUUUGUUUAGCUCUCUUAGUUAUUGCAGGCUGAUCCAUGAAUUAAAGGUGAAUUGUAUGCAGAGAAGAAAAUUAGAAAUUGAAAGCCCAGAUUCCUCAAUUUCUGGAAGCAACAAUUUUAAACUGAUAGCGGCAGACACAGCCUGUGAGAGAAUAUUCACUGUGAAUGAUGUAGACCUUGGAGGAUGUAAAUAUGGAAUUGUGGACCUCAGUGGCUUGGGGAAAGAUUCUCUUACCGUGGAGAUGUACGACAAUCUGUACUUCACAAAUCGCAAGGUGAAUUCUGUGUGCUGGGCUUCACUAAGCCAUCCGGAUUCCCAUGUUUUGCUGUGUCUCAUGGGCGUCGCAGAAACUUUGGGUUGUGCUAGUCUACUUCCUGCCUACUUGUUCACCAGCUCUAACACAGGAGACCAACCUGGAAUGCUGUGCAGUUUCAAGAUCUCCACUGCCUGGUCCUGUGCUUGGUGUUUGAAUCCUCAGGCUGAUAACUGCUUUAGCACAGGUUUAACCCACCGAGUGCUUGUGACCAAUGCAAUGACAGGUCAUCGGCAGACAUUUGGCACUAGCAGCGAUGUCCUUGCACAGCAGUUUGCUAUCCAGACUCCAGUGCUAUAUAAUGGCUGUCGUUCAGGGGAGAUUUUCAGCAUUGACAUCCGUCAGCGCAGCCAUAAAGGGCAAGGUUGGAAAGCUGUCCGUCUCUUCCAUGAUUCGGCAAUCACAUCUGUUAACCUUCUGAAAACUGAGCAGUAUCUCAUGGCUGCAGAUAUGGCAGGACAGAUAAAACUGUGGGACCUGAGAAAACUAAGAUGCGUGAAAGAGUAUAGAGGCCAUCACAAUGAACAUGCCAUUCUCCCUUUGCAUGUAAAUGAGGAAGAAGGGCUUCUUACAGCAGUGGGUCAGGAUUGCUACACCAGAAUAUGGAGUCUUCAAGAUGCUCAUUUGCUCAGGACUAUCCCUUCUCCAUAUCCAUCGUCCAAGGACUCCAUCCCAAGCGUGGUGUUCUCAUCACAACUUGGAGGUACCCGAGGCGUUCCUGGCCUGCUCAUGGCUGUCAGACAAGAUCUCUAUUACUUCUCUUAUAAGACAGACGAUCCAUAUUGCCUACAUACCAAAGACUGUCAUUCCACUGUCCUUAGUGACUAA